CUUACCAAAAGCAAUCAAAUAACAAUCUCAAAACCGAUAACAGCCACAAAAUAAUUCUCCUUCAAAGACCUCUUCAAACUAUUACAAGAACAUCCUUGUUCUCCCUCUUCUUAUGGAUCAUCAACCCACAAUCCAAAAACACCAACUUUUCUCUCUCCCCAUUAUAAUCAAAAGAGAAGUUGUUUUGACAAUCUCUUUUCUUGUAGUUAUAGUAUCUUCAGUCUUUAUUCUGAGUCCUCUUAUUGCCCCUUUUGAUACAAAGCAAACACUUUUCCGUUUUGGUUUCUCUUCAAAGAAAUUACCUAUUUGUGACUACUCUUAUGGAAGAUGGGUUAGGGAUGAAAGGUACAAGAAUCAAUCUUAUGAUGAAACCUGCCCGUUUCUUGAUCCCGGAUUCCGGUGCCGGGAGUGUGGAAGGAAAGACGUAGAGUAUCUCAAUUGGCGAUGGCAGCCAGAAGGCUGUGAUAUACCAAGAUUUAAUGGCAGAGACUUUCUAGAGAGGAGCAGGAAUGGAAGGAUAGUUUUUGCUGGAGAUUCAAUAGGGAGAAACCAAUGGGAGUCUUUUUUAUGCAUGCUAAGCCAGGGAGUUUCCAAUAAGUCAACAAUAUAUGAAGAAAAUGGACGCUCCAUUUCUAAACAUCACAGAGGCUUCCUCUCUGUGCGUUUCAGUGACUAUAAUCUCACUGUCCAAUACUACAGGGUUCCCUUCCUGGUAGUCAUCGGUCAUCCACCGCCUAAUGCACCAGCCAACGUGAGAUUAGCCAUUAAGGUUGAUAAGAUGCACUGGUUCUCCAGAAGUUGGGUUGGGGCAGACAUUCUCGUUUUCAGUGGAGGCCAUUGGUGGAAUGAUUUUAAAACUGUCAAAAUGGGCUGCUAUUUUGAGGACGGAGGAAAAAUAAAUGUGUCAAUGAAUGUGAUGGAAGCACUAGAAAGAUCUCUACAGACAUGGAAGUCAUGGGCAAUAGAGAAUUUAGAUCCAGAAAGAAGUCACAUUUUCUUUCGUAGCUUCUCUCCAGUACAUUACAGGAAUGGUACGUGGAAUAAUAACGGUCGAUGUGAUGUGGAUAUGCAACCAGAGACAAACGAUAUGAAUUUAGAGCCUGAGCCAGUGAACAAUCAAUUGAUUUCCAGUAUGAUUAAACAAAUGGAAUUGGAAUACAGAAAGAGCAAAAUUCAGUACUUGAACAUAACAUAUCUGACACAGUUCAGGUUUGACGGCCAUCCUUCAGUUCAUCGUGAACCAGGAACUCCGCUUCCCGCUCCACAAGACUGCAGCCACUGGUGCCUGCCUGGGAUACCGGACAUAUGGAAUGAAAUUCUCUAUGCACAUUUAGUUGCAAUGGGAUUCAGAACCAAGUGAUUUUUACCU